AUGGAUAAAGUCGACUAUAAAUCACCUAACAUAACCUUCUCUAUCGAAAAUGAGGAUCAUACACUAGGAAAUACCUUAAGGGCAGUUUUAGUUGAACGUGACGACGUAAUAUUUGCUGGAUAUUCAGUACCUCAUCCAAUGGAGCCAGAAAUGAACGUAAGGAUCCAAACAACCGAAGAAGAGGAAAUAUCACUCUUGGAAUACUUCUUACAGCUUUCUUUUCAUACCACAGAGCUACACAUUACAAAUUCAUGGACUUUUUGCGAUAAGAAUGAAUUAGACACAUUUAAUUCUGAAUCUAAACAGAAAUUUGGAGGAUCCAUUCUAUCACUCUGGAUGGAUAUGAAUAAGAUGGAGCCGCCCCAAUCGUUUGAAAACUCUGUGUCAUCUGGUUUACUGACUGUUGAUUAUACAAACCAGCUAUUUGAGUAUGGUACGAUAGCUCCUCCAUCUGGAUUUCAAGGUAUAAACCCCAAUUUAGCCCAUGAUUCAUUGAAACUAUUAGGAAAUCCAACUGGGACUUUCAGGAUGCUCCUGUUCAAGGUGGCAAUGGGAAGAGUUUACAAUUACACUCAAGAUUCUAACAACUUGCAUGACGCUUUUCUCAAGAUUAAGAUUCCAAACGGUUUCAACACCAUGGAGUUUGUCACAAACACUGAUUUAAAAAGGUUCAACACUCUGUAUCGCGUUUCAGACCCCGAACAGGUCUUCCUAUAUGCUGCCGUCGAGUUUGAGUUCACACCCCUGAGGGUGCAGGUCCCCGAUGCCGUGUGCGAUAUGUGCGAAUCUGCAAUGGCUAAGUGGUAUUGCCAUUCCGACAGAGCGCACUUCUGCACCGAUUGUGACAUGAAGCAGCACGGGAGCACGAGGAUUUUUUCAAGGCACAUCAGGGUGCCAUCUUCCAAGUCACCGAACCAGUUUGGACUGUGCGAACAUCAUCCAACUGAAGUCGUGGACAUGGUCUGCCUGAAGGUACCGUCUCCAACAAAACACUGCUCCUGUUUGCUCUGCAACAACUGCAUACUCUUCGGAAAGCACAGCAAGCCCAGCUUCUUUGACCACCCCUUGAUGUCAACUCUGGACACGUACGAGCUGUCGCUCGAGAAGAAUUCUGACUCAGACGAGAAGCUGAAGUCGCGGAGGGACGAAAUAUCCGACAAGAUCAAGAACUGCCACAACUCAACAUCGCAAAUAUACGCAAACUCCAAGGGCGUGGAGAACAAGAUAGACUACUGCAAGAAGAUGCUCCUGCAGCAACUGGACGAAAUGAAAAAGAAGAAAAUGAACUACUUGAACUCAAUAGAGAGGGAAGUGACAACACAGUUGAACCUAAUACAAUGGAUGCAGAACUUUCUACAUCACAUCAUGUUAUCUCUGGAACCCUGUAAGUUCAUACAGUUUAAGGCCAAGUAUGACCUACUCGUUAAGAAAUACUUUACAAAGAACUUGAAAAACUAUUUGGAGUUCCCUGUUUGGAUGAACAAACGCCUGGUUCUGGUCGGGGAGACCAAGAUUACCAGCUCACCCAUCGGUAAGCUUUCGCAGAUGUUUUCCAGUAACUCGUCCGUUAAACCCGAAGAGAAGCUCGAGUCUCAAAAACUUGAUUUGGCAUCGAGCUCGAACGAGAAGCUGGUUGAUUGGACUCCACUGAACGUGUUCGACGACUUGAAUGAGACCGUGGGCCGCAUGAGUUGGCGCGACUUGAAAGGCCACUCGGGCGAAGACCACAAGUCGUCCAGUACCGCGUAUAGCGAAACCAGCGAAUAUGCCCCGAUCAGCACUGUGCAGAGCAACAGCAACGAGUUGGACGUUGUGUACUCAUCCACCAAGUUGUGGCACUACCUUUCUGACCUAAAGAUGGGAACGUCGAUCCAGCUGUUGAAGCUGGUGGAAGUGCACGAGCGCAGUGCUCUGGUAAAACACGUCUUCUGUAUGGCGAACUACUUUGAACAGCUACAGCAGCUGUUUACACAUGUUUCAAACGUACGUUUUUAUAGCAACAUAUUAGUGCUGAUUCGUGCUCAUCUUCUCUCCUACGAAAUGGGCGGAUUGGUAAACGAUUUUGGGUACUGCGUGCUUCUGCGAAGCAGUGGACUUCUGAGUGACGUCCUGUCCUUUCUAUUUUGUUCCAACUUCACCACGGAGGAUAAUCUUGACUUUUUGAAGCAGAUGACCCUCCCUGUCGAAAAUUACUUCAACAUGUACCUCAAGUCGGUUUGCAAUUCUACGCCCAGCGACGCCACUUCACAGGAUUCUUUUGAUCCCUCACUGAAGGAACACGUCGGCAACUGCAUGGUGGAAAUCGUUGCUAAGUUGGUUUCACUCGAUGUCAUAUCGUUUCCGACGAGUUUUCAAUACGUUUUCUACGCUCUCGCAGACCUGUUCCGCAAACUUAAGUCCCACUACAGGUGCUACGUUGUUGCGGACUUCCUGUUUUCGGUGCUGUCCAACUACCUACUGAGGUACCCAAAUUAUUACAGCAUGGGCAACUUGUUAAACAGUAAUGGCGCUGGUUCCAACGUCACAAACAAUGCCGACGACAGUUUGAACAACGCCACCAACAUGACUGGCGAGAACGAGAUGUUCAACAACCUCAAGUCCUUUACGAGGGAGUUGAGCUUCAAGUUUGCCAGGGCCGCCAUUGUCGUUUGGGAGCUCGACUCUCUCACGCUGACUGAUUCCGAAGAGCUCAGGCAGUCCGAGAAGGUUUACGACUGGGCCGAGAAGAUGCUCACCAAACCCCGACUCAAGUGCUCGCUGCAGUUGAGGACUCCGACUUCCGAGGAGCUCGAGGAGAGCCGGAGAUACGUGCUUUCUCAGGCCUCCCGCUUCGAGAAGCGCCUCAACUCGGGCCAGGUUGACAUUUCGUACAAGUACGCCAGUGAACUCACGAGCAAAUACAACUUUUUCCACCUUUUUAAAAUGGCUAGCCAGAUUCCAAUCUAA